GCGGCGGGGCGGGGGGAUGAGGAGCCGGCGGGCAGCCGCCGCCUGCCGGGCCCCGGCCCGGCCCCGGCCCGCCGCCCUGCCCUGAGGCGGAUCGCGGCCGGCCGUGCCGCGGCGGUCUGUGAAGGAUCGGGGGCUCCGCGGGGCUCCCCGGGGAGCGGUCGCCGUGCGGCGGCCGAGGAGGGUUUUGGUCGCCAGGCGCCGCCGCGGAUGGUGGAGCCGCUCCCGCACCGUGCCUCGGCCAGCCUGCGGACCGCGGGGACGUCUGCCUCUCGGGGUGUGUGUGUGGGGAGGAAGAAGAAACCUUCCCGCUCGAAAAUAAACUCGGAGAAAAAAAAAAAGACUUUUUUUUUUUUUUUCUGACAGCCUAACUGCUUUAUAUAUCUUUUUAUUUUUCUCUCGUUUUGCGAUACGUCCCUUUAAAAAAAGGAUUGUCCUGCGUGGUGGUUUUGUAACGGGUGGAGCAAGGACGGAGCCCUCUCAAACACUGCUGACAUGACAGCUGUGGUGUCUGAAGAGUUAACCGGGGUCUGCGUGGUGCACCUACCGCUGGCCUGGUAGCAGGCUCUUCCUUUUUAACUGGGGCUGGUGGAGAGGGUUACCUUGGUCAGAAGAAGCUUUGCACUCUAUAUAUAUAUUGUACCUGCUGUUUGGUGGGGUUCUCCCCACAUUUUACUUUCUCUUGAUGACUCCUGGAGGUGGCAGUGGGCCCAUGAAAGACUGCGAAUACAGUCAGAUCAGCACGCACAGCUCUUCGUCUCCCAUGGAGUCUCCCCAUAAGAAAAAGAAAACAGCUCCCAAGAGAAAAUGGGAGGUUUUUCCUGGAAGGAACAAAUUCUUCUGCAAUGGGAGGAUCAUGAUGGCUCGACAGACUGGAGUCUUCUACCUGACUCUCGUUCUCAUCCUGGUCACCAGUGGACUCUUCUUUGCAUUUGAUUGUCCAUAUUUAUCAGAGAAGAUUACACCUGCUAUACCUGCAAUUGGUGGGAUUCUUUUCUUUUUCGUGAUGGGGACCCUGCUGCGUACUAGUUUCAGUGAUCCUGGUGUCCUCCCACGCGCAACACCAGAUGAAGCAGCAGAUCUAGAGAGACAAAUAGAUAUUGCAAAUGGCUCCAGUUCAGGAGGAUACCGCCCCCCUCCCAGAACAAAAGAAGUGAUCAUCAACGGACAGACAGUGAAACUAAAAUACUGUUUUACUUGCAAGAUUUUCCGCCCACCUCGUGCCUCACAUUGCAGCCUUUGUGAUAACUGCGUAGAACGGUUUGAUCACCACUGUCCCUGGGUAGGCAACUGUGUGGGGAAAAGAAACUACAGAUUUUUUUAUAUGUUUAUUUUAUCUCUGUCCUUUCUGACAGUCUUUAUAUUUGCAUUCGUUAUCACCCACGUCAUCCUUCGUUCUCAACAAACAGGGUUCCUCAAUGCCCUCAAGGACAGUCCUGCAAGUGUGUUGGAAGCUGUGGUGUGUUUUUUCUCUGUAUGGUCCAUUGUAGGCCUCUCAGGUUUUCACACGUAUUUGAUCAGCUCCAAUCAAACAACAAAUGAAGAUAUUAAAGGAUCAUGGUCAAAUAAAAGAGGUAAAGAAAACUAUAAUCCAUACAGUUAUGGCAACAUCUUUACUAAUUGCUGUGCUGCACUCUGUGGGCCCCUCUCUCCAAGUUUAAUUGACAGAAGAGGAUUUAUACAACCAGAUACACCCCAGUUAGCAGGACCAUCAAAUGGCAUCACUAUGUAUGGGGCCACACAAUCUCAGAGCAACAUGUGUGACCAAGACCAGUGCAUUCAGAGCACUAAAUUCGUUUUGCAGGCUGCUGCCACCCCUCUACUACAGAGUGAGCCCAGCAUAACUAGUGAAGAGCUACCUUUACCUGGAAAGACUUCUCUCAGUGGGCCUUGUGCAACUCUAACUCUAGGGCAACCAACACCACCAUCUUCCAUGCCAAAUCUCACAUCAGACACAGGUUUGACAGACAUGAUACCUUUAAAAGAGGAACACGAAGGCCAUCAGUUUCUUACUCCUGAAGAAGCUCCGUCACCCCCUGGGAUGCUGCCAAGUGGAAGUCCUAUUACACACAGCCAUACAAUGCACGUCCUGAGUCUAGCCAGCCAGGAUUCAUUGCAUGAAGACUCAGUACGUGGUCUCGUGAAGCUUAGCUCGGUUUGAACAGCUUUUAUGAACAUCGCACCACUUCAUGGUGUCUACACAAACCUUUAACAGGAAUGACGCUGCAGUACCACUGUAAGACUUCAUAACAUGGCUAUAGUGGAAACUUUGUUGCAUAAUGGAGUCUACUAAAAAGACAAGUUAUUUUUUCCAUUGGAGCUAUGGCAUUUUUUUGACCAGGUUGUUAAUAGCUAUGCUUUGGUGGUGACUGUAUCUUAUUUUUAAGCAAAACCAGAAAUGGUCAAUAAACUUGUUUCCUGCAGUUUGGGUACAGCAAGUUGGAAUUCAGCCUGUAACAAAGACCAUGUACAGUACAAAAGAGAGAUUCUUGGAUGUAAGUGUCAUGCUCUGUGUUCUAUGCUCUUGUAAUACACACUUGUUAAGGCUUACCACACUUGUGGCCAGAAUGAUCUGCACUUACAUGUUAUGCUACUAAUAUUUGAGGUAGAAAAUUACCAUUCCAUUUGUUAAUAUAAAAUUAAAAAAAAAAAGACUGCAGAUAUGGAUUUGCAUGCCACGCUACAGUAUGUGUUACGGUGGUGUUGGUAUUAAGAGAAAGUGCUGCUUUUUUAUUUGUGACUUUCAAAGUGCUGUUUCAUUUAAAGACAGUGCAACAAACAAAUUAAUGGACUAUAUUAUUUUUUCAAUUUAUUAAAGUUUAUUUUAAAUUUAUCAGUGGUGCCUAGAAGAUGGAAAGUUACUGAUUUGAUCAUGUUGCAUAUCAUUUAACCUUCUGUUUAAGUGUUUAGAGUGAGGUAUUGUGUUGUGCCAUACCAUAAGAUUCUUCCACUCCCUAAUGUGAUACAAUUACCUGUGGACCUCCAAUAAAAUGACAUCCUCUAUUUCUUGGA